GCCAUAAACUGACAAUAGCGGGUCUGGGAGUGGGAGGAACAUCUCUGCUGCGAUCCUUCUUGCUUUGUUACGUCUGGGAAGCCAUUUUGGAAUUCUGCUUGUAGUGCCUGAUAAUUACGUACACACACGCACUGUCAACUUGCAAACUUUUGUGUGUGUUCACGGAUAAAUAUUAUUUUGGUAUCUGGGUUAGGAUCAUCGAACGCACCAUACCUGGAAUAGACGCCUCGACACGAGGUGUGAAGUUAACGCAUCUUGCGAGACAGAAAUGUGUGGAUCUUUUUCAACUGGAUUACGCUCAUAAGAAUAUCAGAUGGACUCUUAUCUGACGGUCUGAUUGGAGAAUGACCAUGGAUUUCUCUCGUCUACACACAUACACUCCUCCACAGUGUGCUCCAGAGAACACAGGAUAUACCUACUCCCUCAGCUCCAGCUACUCGACUGUGGCCCUAGAGUUUGAGAAGGUGCAUCAGAUCGCUCCAGUGUUCAACUCGCCCAGGAUGUCGCGGCGGAGCCUGCGUCUGCAGACCACGGGCGGUCUCUAUGGCAACGACAGACUGGCUGACUUCUCCUCCCAGAACCACAGCAGCGGAGGGUCCAGUCGGACAGAGUCAUGGUCAGACUACACAGGGUCCAGUCAGAGAGAGUCAAGGAUGGUGAGGAGCAGAAAGCAGCAGCAGUCUGCCUCCAGCUCCCUGUCCCUGAACCAGUCCCUGAACCAGUCCCUGAACCAGUCCCAGUCCCUGAACCUGUCCCUGAACCAGUCCCUGAACCAGUCCAUGUCCCUGAACCAGACGCCACGCAAGACCCUCUCCUUCUCCACUACCAACACUCCCUCUACGGGCUGCACCACUGCCAGCGAUGCCUCCCUGCUAUCCUCCAUCCUGGACCAGUCCAGCCUCCGCCAGCGAUCCACCACCACUACUACCACAGACGGCUACUGGGGUUCAGAUCAGGAUACCAAUCUGAAAGGGAGGAGUUCAAGGACGGACCACAGCUCAACGGGUGCGAACGGCGGCGUCAACACUGUGUCGCACAGCCACGCCAUGGUCGCCAACGGUUACAUCUGUAAAGACUGUUCCAUACACUCUGAGAGGAAAGAAGCUCUCACCACCUACUCCUCCUCUUCCUCGUCUCAGGCUGCCUCUGCUGCAGCAGCUGCCGCCACCUCCUCUUCCUCGUCUCAGGCUGCCUCUGCUGCAGCAGCUGCCGCCACCUUCUCCUCUUCCUUGUCUCAGGCUGCCUCUGCUGCAGCAGCUGCCUCCGCCCUUUCAUCCUCUUCCUCAUCUCAGGCUGCCUCUGCUGCAGCAGCUGCUGCCGCCAUCUCAGCAUCAUCAGCCUCAUCCUCCAGUUUAUACUGCACGGUCAAGAGUCAGAGGAGCAAGACAGGUCUCCUGGUGUCAGUCUCUAACACAUGUGUCCACUACAGCAGACGAGCCCUGGCCCCUAUAGUGUCCCUGGUGACACUGCUCUUCCAGAAUGUUCUGUGGCUGGGCACUAGGGCCAGGAGCCACUCAGGCAAAGGUGUCCUGGCAUCCCUCUUAGACAGGGCCAGACGGGCUGUCUCCUCCAGCGCGUCCCGUGUCUCUUGGCUCUUUAAGCAGACCACUCUCCACAGGAUGAUGGGCUACAGGGCCAACGGCUACGAAGGCAAAGCUCAUUCUAGUUACUGUGGGAGCAUGAAUGUAAAAGACCACGUGAUGGGAGACGGACACCACCACUUUUUGAAUGGCUCGUUGUGUGACGACUGUAAAGGGAAGCAGCACCUGGAGACCAACACACUGGUCCACAGUCACACACAGACCUCCAGAACUCACCGUCUACUGGGGGGUCUGUGGACCCUUAUAGCUUACACAGGCUACUGUCUGCUCCAGCCAGGUUACUAUGUAGUGAGGGCAGGCCUGGCGCUGGGGUCAGCAGUGGGGUCAGCAGUACGGUCAGUGGCUCAGAGACUCCUGUCGGUGCUGUGGCUAGUCCUGGGAGCUCCAGGUAAAGCAGCCAGACGGUUGUUGUGGUGUCUGGGGACAGGCUGGUACCAGCUGGUGUCUCUCAUGUCUCUGUUCAACGUCUUCUUCCUGACCCGGUGCCUGCCCAGAAUGUGGAAGCUCCUCCUCUUCCUCCUUCCCCUCCUGCUACUUCUGUGGUUGUGGUUCUGGGGUCCGUCCAGUUUCCUCUCCUACCUUCCAGCCAUAAACCUGACAGAGUGGCGCUCCAGAGUGGUGUCCCCCUUCACCCUCUCAUCGUUUAUCCUGACCCCUGCCCUUGUUCUCACCCCCGCCACACCACUGGAGCAGAUCCCCCCAGCAUCCCCCGGCCCACAGGCACAGCCAGUCCUUCCCCCCAUAGUCACCGUGGACACAGAGGGCCUGGAGCGUCUGGAGCGGGUAGAGCAUGGUCUGACCCUGCUGUGGGAGCGGGUGCAGCAGGGGGACCAGAGGCAGGAGCAGCAUCACGGGGACACCCUGGCCCAGUACACCCUCCUGAGGGAGCAGCUGGACAGCCAGACGGACAGGGACAGCCUGGGUCUCUGGGUCUCUGGCUUGCUGGAGCACAGGAUCACCCUGCUGAGAGGAGAGUUGGAGCAGCAGGAGGCCUCACACAGGGCACAGACUGAAGAGCAGAGGGUUCAGCAGCAGAGUCAGGAGACACGGCUGGCUGAGCUGCAGGGGCUGCUGCAGGUCCUCGCUACUAAAACUGAGGUGGUGCAACAGAAACGGGAACAGCGGAAGGAGGAGACAGAGGAGACAGCCACACCAGCCCCUGCCUCUGUCCCUGUCAGUGUGGGUGUGGACCAGGAGGCCCAUGCUGCUUUGCUGGCGGAGGUGCAGAGGCUGGAGGGGGAGCUGGGUCGGAUCAGGGGCGACCUGCAGGGGGUGAUGGGAUGUCAGGGGAAAUGUGAGCAGCUGAACACAAUCCAGGAAACGGUGUCUACCCAGGUGUCCGCCCAGGUGAGGCGGGAGCUGCGGGCCCUGUUCUACGGCUCUGUCGACCAGACCCACCAGGGAGAACCAGACAUCCCCGAGGGUCUCCUCCAGUGGCUAUCGUCGCGCUACGUGAACGGGGCCGACCUGCAGGCCCUCCUGACCAACCUGGAGCUCAGCAUCCUGAGGAACGUGUCGCUGCAGCUGGAGCAGAGCAGGGCCGAGGCCCGGACGGAGGCUGAGGCCAGGGCUGCAGUCAUCACCACCCAGACCCAGGCUAUUACACAGAGUGUCCAACACACCGCCGUGGGCGGGGGACUGUCUGAGGAGCAAGUGCAGCUGAUCGUCCAGAAUGCCCUGAAACUCUACUCCCAGGAUAGGACGGGCCUAGUGGACUACGCCCUGGAGUCUGGAGGCGGUAGCAUCCUAAGCACGCGCUGCUCGGAGACGUACGAGACAAAGACGGCCCUCAUGAGUCUGUUCAGCGUGCCCCUCUGGUACUUCUCCCAGUCACCCCGUGUCGCCAUCCAGCCUGAUAUGUAUCCAGGGAACUGCUGGGCGUUUAAAGGUUCUCAUGGUUACCUGGUCAUCCGGUUGUCCCUGAGGAUCCUCCCCACAGCCUUCUGUCUGGAGCACAUCCCCAAGGCCCUGUCCCCUACCGGCAACAUCACCAGCGCCCCGCGCAACUUCACUGUCUACGGUCUGGAUGAUGAGUAUCAGGAGGAGGGAAAGCUGUUGGGUCAAUACACCUACCAGGAGGACGGAGACUCAAUGCAGAACUUCCCUGUCAUGGAGAAGAACGAAAGGGCCUUCCAGAUCAUCGAGGUGCGGGUGCUGACCAACUGGGGUCACCCCGAGUACACCUGCCUCUACCGCUUCAGAGUCCACGGAGAACCACGCAUCCAGUGAGGGAGGAUGGCGGCCAUUUGACCUGCCAGUCAACAGAGAAAUGCAUAUCAUCCUAUCUGUAUAUAGUACUGGACAUAUUGUUCUAAAUGGAGGGGGCUGGGAAAAACCGAGACUUAUAUAGACGAGUGACUUCAGAAGUGUGGGGAUGGGUGUUUGAUUUAUGCUAGAAUGUGUCCAUGGGGGGGUUUUGUUUUACUCGGUAUUGAAAUGGUGAAAGAAUGAACUGUAAUGAAAUGUCAGGGAAUGUGAAAGAGAAAAGAAGAGUGAAGGUAGAAGAAGCUCGGUCCCAGUCCCUCCUCCUUAAACCUGCUCUUGCACUGAAUUAGCCCUCCAGGUCAAAACCCUUUGGUUUUUGGAGGAGUGUUUUCCUCUGUCGCUCUCACACAACCACAGGAGUCUGUGACCUCGAGAUGGAAACGGACUACACACAUCUUUUUUUAUUUCCUUACACAUCCUAUCUGAUUUGGUUGUUGUUUUAAUCAGGUGUUAUUUUGAAUUGGAUGUUUCUUUGGAGACCCCUUGUGGAUUCUGAUGGAGUUUCAGGAUCAAAGCCACAGAACUGGAUCAAAGCCACAGACCUGGGCCUAAAUGACGUUUAUAUAGGCCUCACACACACUGGGCCUACAUGACACUGUAUAGGCCACAAUUCUCUUGAUACAAAGCUACUGCUCUCUGCUGCUGUUGGUUGGUCAGUCUGCAGGGCCAGCUAACGUGGUCAGUGGACACUCGCCAGACACAGACCGGACUGCUACCGUUCUUUGGACUCAACAACACUACCGUUCGCCAUGAUUUUAUGCAUCCACAUACAGCCAUCAAAACUAACCUCUAUCUCUCUCCUAUAGAAAAUGUUACACACAUGGACAGACUUUUAAUGAGUUGAUACAUGUGUAUCUCAAGUUAAGAUUUGGUCUUGAAGCUCUGUGGAGUCCAGACUGGAGUGUUAAUGAGAGUGAGACUGACAGCCAAUGGUUUGGCUUCUUCUAGUGCAGCGAGCCAAUGGUUUGGCUGCUCCUUGCACAGUCAUUAUAACGUCCUCUACUAGAGCUUCUACUCUGGAAAAGGGGAUCCUUGGGAUGUCCCAACGCUGACAUCAUCCCAUUGAAGUUAGGGUUAGGAUAGAGGUUAGAGUUUAGGGUAGGGCCAUCCCAAGGAUCCCGGAUAGCGCAUAAUCCCUUCUACUCCCUGCAGGAAUGUAAUCUGUAUAUUUCAUUGUUAAUAGUUGGUCCUUUUUUAAGAAUUAGAUUUUAUCAGUGUUGCUUUAUGAAAAAAGGGUACACCUUGUCAAUAUUUCUAUAAUUUGUAUUACCCAUUGUAAGUGUAAUUAUGUUUGACUUUUACCAUUUUUAGUUGAGAAUAAUGACAAAUGAUGCCUGUAAAUGAAAUGUGUGUUGCACAAGUCCUCACAAUUUGUGGAGAAAACUAGAUGGGGUCUAGAUGGGGUAGCUAUAAAUGAGUUGUGUGUGGACCAGAAAGUCUAAAUGUACAAAAAAAUGAUUUCAUGAUCCUAUUUAUUUUUAAGAUAAUUAGUUACUGCAAGAUAGGACUGCAUUGUAUUUUUAUCAAAAAGCUUUUCAGUGCAUUUUGGAAACAUCUUGGGACAGUACAGAUUUUGUUUUUCACUUGUUUUUAAAUGUUUUUUGUUGCUGCUGUCAUCCUGAGAUAGCUAAACCGCAUUUUAGAAUAUAUUCCUAAAGAAUUACAUUUUGAGAGCUUUUGAUGCAUGUGAUAUUUUACCUAAUAAAGACUAUUGUUUUUUUAUUUAAAA